GGCAAAUCACUUGAAAAGUUGAGGAACUUUUUGAAAAGGGUGUUUAGUAUAUUUUCAUAAAAAAGGUCAUAUUUUUGUUUAUAUAUACUCAUAAUCAAUUUACUUGUGAGCAUAUCCAAAUGAAUGCCAUGUCAAACUCAAAACCCAAAAAUGCUGUAGAUUUAGAACAAUUGAAGGCUGAGUUCAAAGAAUUAGACAUUUCUCUUCCAAAAGCACUAUGGUUUAAUCAUCCAUUACAGCAUUAUCAAGGAUUUUGGGGUCCAAGCAUUGCUCUUGAGAAUAUAAUUGCAUUCCAAACCCAUUUUGAAGCUCAAGAUUCUGAUAUCAUCCUUGCAAGUCUACCUAAAACUGGCACUACUUGGUUAAAAUCCUUACUCUACACCAUUUUAAAUAGAAAAUCAACUUCACUACAUACCAUUUCUCAACAAGUUUUUCAAACGAAAAAUCCUCAUGAACUUGUCCCCAGCUUUGAGUUCAGUAUUUACAAAAAAUUCAAUGAAACCCAACCAGAUUUAAGUGAUUUACCUUCACCUAGACUUUUUUCAACCCAUAUACCCUUUUUAUCAUUACCAGAUUCAAUUAAAUCUUCAAAAUCUCGAAUUGUAUAUGUUUGUCGAAACCCUCUUGAUACUUUUGUUUCAACAUGGUAUUUUAAUCUUUCAUUCUAUAUGAACAAAGACAUGAAGCCAAGUAUGGAAAUGAUGGAGGAAUACGUAGAUAAAUAUUGUAUGGGACUAUUUUUAUUUGGUCCAUAUGAAUCUCAUCUGCUUGGGUAUUGGAAGGAGCAUUUGCAAAACCCGGAUAGAGUAUUAUUAUUGGAAUAUGAAGGGCUAAAGAAGGAACCAAAAGCACAUGUAAGAAAGUUAGCAGAUUUUAUAGGCUGUCCAUUUUCAGAGGAGGAAGAGAAUGAAAAUGUAAUAGAAGACGUGAUUAAAAUUUGUAGUUUUCAAAGUUUGAAGGAAAUGGAUGUGAACAAGAAUGGAAAAUCAAAUCCGUUUUUUGAUAACAAUGUUUUUUUCAGGAAAGGAAAGGUAGGAGAAUGGAAGAAUGAAUUGAGUCCAUUAAUGGCGAAAAAACUUGUUCAACUUUUGCAUGGAAAGCUCAAGGAAGCUGGUUUUGCUUUCACUUACUAUCAACCACCGGAUUUAUCACAUUGAUUUUUCAAAUUAAGUCGUGGUAAUUAAUAAUAAGGUAUUAUAUAUGUUGUGUUUAGUUUAUACUUCCUCGUUGCUAUGUUUCGUUUUGGGCACUAUUCAUUUUCAAGCUUAUUUUGUAUAUUGUGACUAAUAUGUAAGUAAAAAUAUAGUCAAGUGCGAUCUUGUUCGAAUCGUCUAA